GCGCGCGACGGUCACAGCGAGCCUGACUGACUGAAGAUUGAGACGGUUUAAAACACUGAGAACGGGACAAGUCAAAAUCGUUGAAAAACACGCUUUAGAAAAGAAGAAAAUAAACAUUUCUCAGAAUAUAAACGAAGGAAAGAUGCCGUUUACCCAGACUGAGGUAACACAGUCUCAAAGAUGAGGGGCUACAACAUCCCUGUGUUCCGUCAAUCCUCAUUCAAGGAUACACAAUCAACAUGAUGUCAACUUUAAAGGACACACUGCAACCUAAAUACACAUCAUCGGCUCGGAUAUACUCUUGCUAUACGGAAGUGAUGAAAAUUUUGAUUCUAUUGAUUGACACUGGAAGAAAUUCCCAGGGUUUUUCUGGUUGACAUUAUCCUUAUUUUAGUGCCUACAGUUUAAAGGAAUUCUACUAAUAAAGGGCUGCAAUUUUGGUCACUUAAGUCGAAGGACAAGAAGAAAGACAAUUUCCUACUUUGAAUUAAGAAGACAAUUGUCACUGUUCAAACUCUGACUGCUCAGACCUACUUGCCAAAGGACAAUGUGGGACACUCGUUAGAUGGUUUGUGAUCGGAAGUAAGGAAGGGCAAGUAAGACCUGCGUUUUCCCAACUACACUGACCAAGAAUAUUGACUUAAAAACAUUGGGUUAAAUUACCUCUGCAGAGAGAGUGGGGUACACUGCCUGGAAUUAUGGCCACAGAGAGCCUAGUUGAACUCCGCGAUUGGUUGUUUCUACUUCUCCUAUGUCUAACAUUAUUGGUUGAAGUCCUUGAGUUUGCUGCAGCAACAGCUGCUGCCGCGGAGGCAGCACUUGGGGAGGCGGAGCUUCAGGGAGACGUGCCAUGCCCCUCAGCUUGCAGGUGUGAUGACGGCUUCAUUUACUGCAAUGACCGUGGCUUGAGUAUCAUCCCACCAUUACCAUUAACGGCAGCCGUGCUCUAUCUGCAAAACAACCGCAUCGACAACGCUGGCCUACCAACAUCUUUAGAGCGACGACUGACUGUGCGAGUAGUUUACCUUUAUGAUAAUGAACUUGAUGAUUUUCCAACACAUCUGCCUCCGUCGCUACGAGAACUUCACCUACAGGACAACAAUAUACGAACUUUACCCCGUUCCGCUCUUGCACGGCUCCCCCUACUGGAGAAGCUUCACAUGGACGACAAUUCGGUUUCAACCGUGAGUAUAGAAGACAAAGCAUUCGCCAACAAUCCGAGGCUGCGUCUUCUGUUCUUGUCACGCAACCAUCUCUCGAGUAUACCAUCAGGACUGCCUGCAUCACUCGAGGAGCUCCGCCUAGACGACAAUCGGAUUUCAACUAUACCAACACAUGCAUUUCGAGGUCUCUCCUCUCUAAGACGUCUCUUCCUUGAUGGAAAUCUGCUGGCAAAUCAGCGUAUCGCAGAUGAUACAUUUUCACGGCUCUCUAAUCUCACAGAGCUCUCUUUGGUUCGUAAUUCACUCCAGGCACCACCAUUAAAUCUUCCAAGUAUGCAUCUCCUUCGCCUCUAUCUACAGGACAAUGCCAUUGCCCACAUGCCACGAGGCUCCCUGGAUGGCAUGCGAAGGCUACAGAAACUGGAUCUAUCAGGUAACAAUUUGACGACUCUCCCAAGAGGUUUAUUCAAGGACCUGGACAACCUUUCGCAAUUACUUGUCCGAGGAAAUCCUUGGUACUGCGGCUGCAACCUUCGCUGGCUUCAUGACUGGUUGCAUGAGCGAGGAUCAUCAGUGACUGUGAGAGGUUUAACUUGCCAUGGACCAGAGAGACUAAGAGGCAUGGUACUAAGGGACCUUACAAGUCAGUUGGAAGACUGUGAGGUCGGCGUAGAUACUGCAGGUGGAAUAGUCGGAAACGAUGGAGCAAAGAAGGAAAAAAGUUAUUUUCCUACACAAGCACCAGCUACAACAACCCCUCCACUUCCGCAGGGUUCUCUCUUUACCCUCAGAUCCAGACGACCAGGCCACAAGUAUUCAGAUAUUAGCCAGGACAGUCUUGGAGGUGGAAAUGGAGUUACAGGUAAAUCAUUACUAAUCAGUGUAAAACCUCUCACACCAGAGACAGUUCACAUUACCUGGCAGGCAGCACAGCCAGUCCCCUCCUUCAGACUUUCCUGGUUGCGAUUAGGCAACAGUCCUGCAAUGGGGUCAAUCACAGAAACACUUGUGCCAGGGGAUCGCCGUGAGUAUUUACUUACACAACUACAGCCCCAGUCAAGUUAUAUAAUUUGCUUGGUGCCUCUCUCUGGAAACGAUGGUAAAAGAACCUCUUUUACAGCAAGUGGAGGUUUAAACAUAAACACAAACUCAGAGCAUGAGCACCCUGCUUGUGCCAAAACAGAAACUGAUCCCCUCGAGCAGCCUAUUUCAGACCAGGACAGUGAUCGAGGAACUGACCAACUGUCAGCCCUACCACUUGCUGGAAUUAUUGGAGGUGCAACAGCACUGGUGUCUUUGUUCUUAAUUUUUGGCAUCUUCUGCUGGUAUGGACACCGUGCGGGGUAUCUUGCACCAGGUGACCAUUCUAUAUACGGCAGAGAUGUUGUUGGGUCUCGAGGUGCCAGCAAACAUUACGAUGACUAUGUUGAGUCUGGAACCAUAAAAGACACAUCCAUCUUAGAAAUCAGAGCUCACGGCUUUCAAAUGACACCAAUGUCUGCCCAACAGCCUUUGCAGCCCAAGGCAAAAGUUGAGGAUAUGACAUACAUUCAUACUAUCUUUCCCUCUAAUAAUGCAACUCUAUAUAGGAGCACCCUGAACCACACAGGAAAUCCAGGCUAUGGAACAAACCGAGGGUACAGAGAAGGGGGAAUUCCAGACAUAGAUUAUUCAUACACGUGAUAGCCUUUUGUAUAACCCCCUUCCUAUUCUGUUCCUGUUAUCAGGUAAAGCAGUUGGGUAAGGGUUCUUUUCCCUAGGUUCUAAAGUAGGGGUGUGCCGAUUCUAAAGGGACCAUUUUCCCCCAUCUAUCAUUCACAAAAUCUUAUUACUGGAUAGAAAAUUUCAAGUAGAUUUUUUUCAAAUCAAAAUAUUUAUACUUAAAAUAGAAUAGAUUUCUCACCAUUGGAGCACUGGUGUAAUGUGACAAUGUUUGAAAAGAAAAUCAGGAUUCUGCAAAUUGAAUUGGGUAAUUUAGUGGUGAUGUUACAAGAAUAAAAAUUGUGAAUUACUAUUCAAGCCCAGGUGUUAAAAAGGCUAUAUGGACUGUUCUAUUCUACAUAAAUGAUGCAAAACAAUAAUAAAAUGGUUACAUAAAAACAAGAACACCUUGCAAUACACUCUUAAAAAUAAAGGUUCUUUAUUGGCAUCAGAGGUUCCACAAAGAACCUUUGCCAUCCAUAGAACUUUUUCAUUCCGUUCAGUGGAAAGAGGUUAUUUAGAUUAAUAAAAUGUACUUCAAACUAAGAAAAAAAAAUCUGAACCAUUCAACUGAAAGGUUCUUUGGGGAACAAAAACUGGUUCUUGUGAAAACCCCUUUUUGGAACAUUUAUUUUUAAGAGUUUAGUAUGAAUUAUGUGAAUUUCAUUCGGCACACCCCUAUUCCAAAGUACCCUUUGUGCCUCCUUUAGUCUGUUUUUAAAACAUUGUUCUUAAUGGGAAUAAACCCUUUGGAACAUGCUUAAAAUAACUAUAAUAGUCAGAAAGUGCCAGGGAUACCACUCUUGGUGUUGAUGUUAUCCAAUAUUCAGAUGAUAAUUGAAGCUGUUUUUGCAUCUUAGUACCAAUGAUUAUCAGUGUCCUAAAACUAGCUCAUUUUAAGGGUUAGCAUGAUGAUAAUGAUGAUGAUGAUGAUGAUGAUAAUGAUGAGAUCUGGGACCGGGUUCAUAUAGAUAUAAUUUUACUACCUGGACUUUACUGUGUAUAUAUGCACUGGGGAAAACUGAUGCCUUUCUGUUCUGGGGGACACUGACGACGGCAACAAAAAAAAGAAAUCUUUUUGGGGGGCUGUUAUUCAAAUUCUAAUUCUCAGUUCUCUCUCCCUCCUUUUAUGGGCUUUUCCUUUAUUCUCUCUAUUUCUUUUGCACGCAGCACGAGGACUUUGUUCCCAACCCAGAGAGCUGACAGUGGUGAUAAUGGUUUUGACAAUGAAAGACCUCAAAUUGCUACUGGGUUUCUUUUCUUUUAAUGAGAGUGAGAAAAGUGGGGUAGAAGGAGACAAAAGGAAAGAGGAGGAAAAAGAUGAAGGCACAGAAAAAGGUUUCAUGUUCACAAAGAAAAUUUGUCCAAAAAAAUAAGACAGUGAAAAGUGAAUAUCUUAUGAAAAAAAAAAAAAUCACAUUUUUCAUUCACCACAUAGAGGUUUCAAGAACAGUCAAAAUAUGCCAAGCUCAGUAGUUUUACCUGCUCGACAACAGACAAAUGCACUUCAAUUAUGACGAAAGGAAUGACUUUAAGAAAUCUGAGGUUAUUUAAACUAAACAGAAUGACAAUCAUAAAGGGGGCAAAGCUAAUUGAUGAAUGAACCCAAACUGACAGGCUGACAUAGAUAAUGCAGUCAAUUCAGCAUGUAAAAAAGCUAACUGAAGGGCAGGACUUGUUAAUACAGAACAUACCAGAAAAUAUCAUGGACAUGAAAUCUAGUAGGUGACUAGAAAAAAUGAUAAAUGAUCAGACAACUUUAACACGUCGGCUCAUUACAAUCUUUGCGCAUUCAGAGUGUAUCUAUACCCCUGAGGUGCAGGAAAAACAGAAAUCAGGGAUUAAUAAAAUAUGUAACACUGUGAACCUCUGCAUCUUGUGUGUGGGCUAACAAGGAAGAGAGAGAACAAAGGUCUUUAAUUGAUUAAAGACAAUCCACUUGUUUGUCUGACUUUGUGUGACUUAAACGCAGCAUUAGCCGGGAGAGUAGAAAGGUAGGAACACUAAAAGGAUAUCCGUACCGGAUCUGCAAUUUUCCAGCCUUUUUCUGAUGCAUUUUAAAAGUGAACUAUUCAAAAAGUAGUCCAUGUAAAUCUCUUCUUUCUCUCGUUAUAGAUAUGGAUAUACAUCAUGAUGAAUAGUAAAUAAAGCUUGUUAUCUUUUUCAUUGAUAUAUGUAUCAUUAAAAGUUGUGAUGAAACACAUGGUCGAUGUGUAUAUAUAUAUAUAUAUAUAUAUAUAUAUACAGAAAUAUAUCAUCUGUAUUCCAAG